GACUACUAGUGAAGCUUUCCCUUUGAAUGAAAAACCCUUGUUCAUAAUUUCAUCGCCUCCACUUGUAAAACCCUACUCUAUCUAUCUAUCACACAAACAAACAAACAUUGAACCAUGUCUCACUCUGAAACCAAGAAGAAGAAGAAGCAGCAACUCAGCACCAAAAAUGACUUGGAAGAAUCAACCCCAACCCCAACCCAGAAGGAGAAUCAGGAGAAAGAAGAUUUGAUGAUCAAACCUCAGAGCUUCACACCUCCAAUCGACACCUCUCAAUGGCCCAUCCUCCUCAAGAACUACGACCGCCUCAACGUUCGAACGGGUCACUAUACCCCUAUCCCCUCGGGCUUUUCCCCUUUGAAACGGCCCAUCGCCGAGUACCUCAAGUAUGGUGUUCUCAAUCUGGAUAAGCCCGCAAACCCUUCUUCUCAUGAGGUUGUCGCUUGGAUCAAGCGCAUCCUUCGGGUCGAAAAAACGGGUCACAGCGGCACCCUUGAUCCCAAAGUCACCGGAAACCUAAUCGUUUGCAUUGACAGAGCCACGCGCUUGGUCAAAUCCCAACAGGGUGCCGGAAAAGAGUACGUGUGCGUCGCACGCUUGCACUCCUCCGUCCCCGACGUUGCUAGGGUUGCUCGCGCCCUCGAGACACUCACCGGCGCCGUUUUUCAGCGCCCGCCGUUGAUCUCCGCCGUGAAGCGCCAGCUUAGGAUUAGGACCAUCUAUGAAAGUAAGCUCCUUGAGUUUGACCCUGAUAAGCAUUUGGUUGUUUUUUGGAUUUCUUGUGAGGCUGGUACCUAUGUGAGGACCAUGUGUGUUCAUUUGGGUUUGGUUCUUGGUGUGGGUGCUCACAUGCAGGAGCUUAGGAGGGUGAGGUCUGGUAUCAUGGGUGAGAAGGAUAAUAUGGUUUCUAUGCAUGAUGUUAUGGAUGCUCAGUGGGUUUAUGAUAAUUUCAGGGAUGAGAGUUAUUUGAGGAGGGUUGUUAUGCCUUUGGAGAUGCUUUUGACUAGUUAUAAGAGAUUGGUUGUUAAGGAUUCUGCUGUCAAUGCUAUUUGUUAUGGUGCCAAGUUUAUGAUUCCUGGCUUGCUUAGGUUUGAGAAUGAUAUUGAUGUUGGCGAGGAGGUUGUGCUUAUGACCACUAAGGGCGAAGCUAUUGCUCUUGGCAUUGCUGAGAUGACUACUGCUGUCAUGGCUACUUGUGAUCAUGGUGUUGUGGCCAAGAUCAAAAGGGUGGUCAUGGAUCGAGAUACCUAUCCCAGGAAAUGGGGUUUGGGCCCCAGGGCAUCCAUGAAAAAGAAACUCAUUUCUCAGGGGAAGCUGGAUAAGCAUGGCAAGCCGAAUGACAGUACUCCCCAAGAGUGGCUCAGGAAUCUGGUUUUGCCCGCUGGUGGGGAUAGCGUGAUUGCUGGUAUGGCUGCUGCUCCUGAACUUGAUGCUGCCAAGAAAGAGACUGUUGUAGUAGAGAAGGCCAAGGUUGAGAAGGAUGGAGAUGGGGAAGGGCGCAAAAGGAAGAAACAUGAAAGCACUGAUAGCCCUGCUUCCCUUCCUGUUAAGAAGGUGAAAGUUGAUGAAGUUGAAAAGCAAGAGACAGUAAAGGUAAAGAAUGUAAAAGAAGGGACUCCGGAGGUUGAAGUUCAGAAGAAAGAGAAGAAGAAAAAGAAGAAGGACAAGGAGAAUGGUGGAGUGGCAUCUUCAGACGAGGAGAAAACUGAAAAGUCUGAGAAGAAGAAGAAGCACAAGGAGAAGGCUGAAGAUGGUUCCCCAAAUUUUGACAAGUCUGAGAAGAAAAAGAAGAAGAAGAAAGACAAAGAUAACGAAGAUGCUGCUGCUGAAAUUACUAAUGGAAAGGAUGACAGUAAUGCUGAUAGGAGUGAAAAGAAGCAUAAGAAAAAGAGAAACAAAGAUGCUGAGGAAGAAUAGAUGAAGGCAUACUUUUGUGUUUUGGUUAAAUGGACUGGUUAUGUAAUGCCUAUUUCUUGAUCAUUCAUAAUUUAACUUUGCUUAGUGUGUUGUUAUUUUCUUUAACAUUUUGAUAAUUUUUAUGAUGCUUUUUCUCUU